AUGGCAUCGUCUAUCACUGAGGCACAGGCUGCGCUUAUCAGCUCCCUGACUCCCGAUGACAUUCCCCAUAAACUGCGAUGUGCGAAUUGUAGCAAGCUUGCUGUCAACGCUUUCCGCUCACCCUGCUGUGAACAAGCAAUUUGCGAAUCAUGUCAUGCGAGUCUCCCUUCGUCUUGUCCUCUCUGCGAACACUCGCCACUCUCCGCCGAUGAUUGCACACCAAACAAGUCACUGCGUACGACGAUAAAGGUCUUUCUUCGUACCGAAGAAAGGAAGCAAGAGGCAACCAAGCCUAAGGCUACUUCAGAGUCGACUCCCGAAACCCCUGUCGAAGCCGCUCCGGUGCCAAACUCAGGUGACGGCCGGUCAACAGGCGCUGACGGAGAGGCUACGAAUGGAACCCCAGGAGCGCAUGCCUUGGCCGUUGCAGCCGUCGAACCCUCAACAGUACCCGCUUCUGACGUGGCACAGGGUGAUACAGAGUGUGAAGUCUCUGAUGCCCAGCAAGCGGAAGCUAGCGCGGCCAACAACUUCGAAGAAGAAGACAACGACGACGCGGACGAAGAUUCCGAUGACGAUGUCAUCAUCACCACGAAGCGGCCGGAGCAACCACCUCAGGAAAUUGAGGAGGCAGAAUAUGCGGAGGAAGAUGGCCAGGGAGAUGGCGGAAAUGGCAGCGGGCAGGUGCCACACGGAAACGGGUUUUCGAACCAGAUGUAUUCCGGGGGUGGCGACUUUAACCAAAUGCAGAUGAUGAUGGCCAUGCAAAACAACAUGGGCUUUCCGAUGAUGGGUAUGCCGACCAUGAACAUGGAUCCUAUGAUGCAAAACAUGUUUAUGAAUGGAGGCUUUCAAGGCAUGGGCAUGAACGGCAUGGGAGGGCUUGGAGGCGGCUACGAUAAUAACUGGAACGGUUCUCAGUCAUGGAAUUUCGACCAGAAUAAUUUCAAUCAAAAUGGCGCUGGUGUGAACACUGGUGACUUUGGGAACUUUAACUCUGGCUUCCAGACAGGCUACAGUCAAGGUAAUUAUGGCCAAUAUAAUAACUAUCGCCAGCAGAAUUAUCGUGGCCGUGGCCGUGGCCGCGGAUACUAUGGAGGAUACGGUCGUGGUGGCUUCCAGCAGGGUGGCAACUACCAUGGCCAAAGCCAGUUGCAGCAAGGCCAGGCUGACCCCUCUGCUCAGUCAAUUACACAGGGCAUUCAAAAUGACGCCCAGAGUGUGAGCCAAGACAAGGACGAUGGCCAGCCCGCCGAUGCGCCCGUUGGCGAUGUUAUUGCAGAGGGCUCUGCCGAUGGCCAGAGUAGAUCUCAGGACCGCUCGCAGACUGCCGAUGGCGACCGGUACGACGAGGACUCGUACAGCCGUAGUAGAAAGAACAAGGGCCGCAAGCACUCUUCCCGUCAUGGCGACGACGAGUCGCGACACGAAAAGGGCGGCGGCAACCGCUCGAGGUCGGCGUCCCCAGAGGAUGGGAAGAAGUCAAAUCGCCACAGCCGCCGCGAGAGAGACUCGGAUCGUCACCGCGACAAGGACAAGCAACGCGAUGAGAAGUCGACCAGGCACAGAGACCGGGAUCGGGACCGAGACCGAGACCAUGACCACUCGCGGCGCAGAGACAAGGAAAAGGACCGUGAUCGUGAUCGUGAUCGUGAUCGUGACCGUGACCGUGACCGCGACCGCGACCGUGAUCGUCGUGACCGACACCGGGAUCGCGACCGUGACAGGGACCGUGAUAGAGACAAGGACCGCCGCGAGCGCAAAGACCAACAAAAGGACCGCGAUCGCGACAGGGAGAGCCGCCACAACGACAGGAAGCACUCAACCGACGGUGGCGGCGCCUCUGCGCCGGCAGAGGCGAGCAAUGGCGGCGCAGCCACGAAAGACCCCCAUACACUAGAGCGCGAGGCACGUAACCGCGAACGCCUACUCAAGGAGGCGCAGCGCAUGGCCGGUCUGGGUAACGGCGGCGGUGGUAUAAAACGCAGCCGAGGCGGCGGCGGUGGCGGGGAGGACGGUACCGACAGCAUGGGGAGCCGCAAGGGCCGGCGAACAGCGGACGGGGGCCGGCGCAGCGACGCCGCGGACCGUGGCGGCGAUAAUGAUGACGGGGGUAGCCGGCGAUACGACUAG